UCUUUGGUCCGUACACUCUAAGGGCUCUUGCACACGAACGCGCAAUCCGCCGACCGGCUGUUCCACCGACCGGCAAGAAAAUCGGAAGAUGGUAUUUUGCCCACAUUCGAAUACAACUUAACACACUUGCCGGUACCGGCUAUUCUGCCGACCGGCCGCCGUUCAUAUUAAAAUUUGGACGGCGAACACACAACUGCCGGUCGGUAAAUUAACCGGCGCGUUCAUUUCAAUGCAUGCAAGUCUAUGCCUGUUGACACACGAACGGGGAUUCUACUGUCGCCGUGGUACAGAGUCGUAGUUUCAUUUCCGUUUAGACAGUGUAGUCAUGAGGAAUAAAACUAAAGCCGCCUGGCAAGAAAUCAUCGAUACAUUUAUUUAUGAAAACCUGAACGAAGCAGAAAAAGCCGAAAUAGCUAAAACACUAUUGCAAAAAUGGAACAACUUUUUUGACAGUUUUGUGAAGAGUUAUAAAAAAAAUAAAACUCCUAAGUCAGGCUCUGGUUUUAGGAGAAUAAGAAAGUACCAUCUUCCACGAUCAGUUGCAAUUCCUUGCAAAAACAAUCGAACACAAUACUACAACAUCCAGUAUUUCACAAGAAAAAAUACAGAAACGAUGGCGCAACAGAAUGUAGAUGAUAGUAGCAAUGAAGGCGAUUCUCAAAUUGAUUAGGAUAUGAUCAAUCUAUCCAAUCCAAAUGCAUCAACCGCUAAACAAACGCCAUCACAAGCUUUACUUACAAAAAAGCGUGCCUCAGCACCAAAGAAACGUCAAGACGAGUUUGAAACCAAAGUGCUAAAGAUCUUGGAAAAGCCGGACAGCAUACAGUGAAGAUAAAUCGUUUUUUGAUUCCAUUUUGCCGGUUGUAGAAAACUUUGAUGAAGAUGACAAACUUCAAUUUCGCAUAGAAGUUUUGCAGCUUGUACAACGUUUUAAACGAAAGCAAAGAUGUGAUGCUUUCAACAUGACUUCUGAUACCAAUAGAUCGCUACCUUCGUUUGUACCACCAGCAACUCAGUCAUACAGCCAGCAGUGGACACCGACAUACCAUACAUUGCAGUGUCCACAGACUUCAAUACCACAAUCAAGUACGUCAUUUGAUCCAACUACAUCUCGCUGUGACAAUAAUCUUGAAUAUCCACAAUCUUUAACACCACAAUAGUUUAUCCAAUCUGACUUAACUACAACCAGAAUUUGAUUUGUUUAAUUUGUUCGUUAUGUUCCUUAUUUAAAUAUAUCUAGUUCUAAAAUCACA